UGGGCUCCGGCGGGGAGCGGGACAAGCCUGCGAGGGGGGAAACGCGGCGUCCCCGGCCGCCGCCGCCGCUCGCUCGGGGCCGCAGCGGCUGAAGCGUCCGCCCGAACCCGGGCCGGGCGCCACGAUGAGGGGCAUCCCGGGCUUGAAGCGGCUGCGGCUCAAAAUCUGGCGGCGAUGCACCCUGGUGCUCCUCCUCCUCUGGGCUGCCUGCUGGAUGCUGGUGAGCGCCUUGCUCUUCCUCCUCCACAGGAGCGUCUUCUCCGAGCGCUGCACGGACGAGAAAAGCCGCCGCAUCCUGGCGAGGCUGUGGUCCACAGGUGUAUGGUCCUGCUAUGAAUAUUCUGCUCUUUCACUCCAGUGUCUUGACUACAGCAGCGGAGCCCUGACUGGUGACCUCUGUGAAGACCUGUGUGUGGCACAGAAGCUGGUAUACAAACACUGCCUUUACUAUGACAGAGGUAAGAAGGUUAUCCAGGCUGACUGGAGAGGCCAGCCCAUCAUCCUGAAAUCCAAAAAGGAAAUCUUCUCCAGCUACCAGCAUCUCAGUAUGCUAGAGGAGGUGGAAACACAGGAUAUUCCUGAAACGGAGCUUCUGCUGAUGGUAGCCUUGGAGGUCAAAAAUGUCCUGGGGCUAGAACUGUCUAACAAUACCAUGGGGCCCCUGUGGACAAGGAAAAAGGGACCACGUUGGAAAGCACAGGUGGCCAGCAUGUGGUCCUUGCUCCAGCAGGAAGAAUAUAUCUACUUCAGUUUGCUGCAGGACUUCAGCAAACACGUACUACGAAUUAUUGGCUCUUGUGGACACUUUUAUGCUGUGGAGUAUCUCACAGCUGGACAUGCCUGGCACAAAACUCUUUUUCCCUUGGAAAACGUGGUCGGUCCCUCCCUUGCUGGCCACAGCAGCAGGGUGAGAGCCAUCAUUGACAUUGCACUCAGCUUUCUGGACAUGGUGCAGCAUUUUGAUAAUGAUUUCUCUCACCGACUUCACCUGUGUGACAUCAAACCAGAAAACUUCGCUAUCAGGCACGAUCUCACGGUGGUGGCCAUUGAUGUGGAUAUGGCCUUUUUUGAACCCAAAAUGAGGGACAUCCUUGAACAGAACUGCACACGAGAUGAAGAUUGUAAUUUUUUUGAUUGCUUUUCAAAAUGCAACCUGAAAAUCAGAAAAUGUGGAGCACAGAGAGCCAAUAACAACUUGCAAGUAAUUUGUGACAAAAUAUUCCGUCGCUGGUUUUCCCCACAUCUCAGAGGACCGUUGGUUUCCUUCCCCCUGCAGCUGCAGCUGCAGAAGGCAGUGCAGGAGUGUGCCGAGCCGCGGCACGUGGACGCUGCCGGGCACCAGAGGACUCUGAAAUCUCUCUCUGAGUUAUACCACCUGCUUCGGGUCACUCGGCGAGAACUGCAAAGGGCAGAGUAGACACAAAAGGCAGAACUGCAAAGGCCACGUCCCAGACACUGCUAAGGGAGGCUGUAUGUGAGGCAGCCUGUGCUCGGCUUUCUCUCUCCCUCUCUCUCCUCCCUCCCACCCAUUGUAUUACAUUCACAGCCCAGAGAUUGUUUUUCCCCCAUGCAAAUGAAAUUCAUGGCUGCAGGUGCAGCACGUCCUGGUAAUAUCCUUUCAAGUGUAAAAAUUGUUUCACAUUUUACCUGGAUUCUCUCCUUGCUUAUUUUCCUGAGCGGGCGCCAGCCCUCUCCAUCAGCAUUCAGCACAUCGUUUGCUCACCAAGAGCUGUAGUCACUGCUCGGAUAGCAUCUGUCGGAGUGCUGUGGUCAGGGUGAGGAUGCAUUUACGUACGGAUGGUGCUCUGAAGAAGAAAAGGACGUGUGUAGCUGUGGCUGGAGAAUCUUAAACACGUGGGUUCAGAAGACAUUGCAUAUAUUUAGGCCGAAUACUGGGCAAUAUACCCAUCAGCUGGUUUUGAAAUGAAGACAUUAAAAACUCCACAAACAAAAAAUAAACCAACACCCUGUGACAGCCCUCAGCUCAGAAGGACUCUUCAAUAUUAAGACUAACAAUACUGGUUUGUGGAAGUGAGACACAUAACAGCACUUAAUCUUUUUCGUCUUUAUAUCCCUCAGCCUUAUGACAGCCCUGAAGGCUGUGCGCACUAAUUAUACUUAAACUUCCAAUUUCUGGAGUGAUUCUUUAAAGUGAUGUUAAAGACUGCCUGUGACUAGAAAAAUGUGAGUUGCUUAGGAGACCUUGACAGUUAUCCAAAACUAGCUCAAAUUUUCAAACUAGUGCUAGUUUUUUUCUGUUUCUUGCCAUAAACCACUGUAAUUUUAAAAAUCACCCAAGCCCUCAAGAAGCUCAAAGGGAGGGAAAGGUCGGCUGCCGUGCCUGAGGCUGUGCCGAAGACAAGCUGCUGCUAAACUAGAGCUACAGCUUAGGAGCUCCUGACUGGUAAAGUUGUGCUCAGUCCCCUCUUCUCCUCUAACCAGGGAGACAGACAAUGUUUCAAUGCUUUAAGAUCAUCCUUUGCAAAAGCAGGACGGAAAAGCAGAAUAAGAAACCCAAAUUCCAGAACAAGACCUGUUACAAAGUCGUGAAAUUGAUAGAGGAGAAAAUAAUUAAGGAUAGAAUCAGAUUACGGUAAAGAGUUGGAGGCAGGUAAAGUAUCAGAGUGAAGAUGAGGAAAAAAGUGAUGAAGGAGAAAUAGCAAAAAUGAAGUAAAAAAUAUGGCCCACUUUUUGAAAACUUGAUUUAUGAUUGGAUAAACUGUCAUUUAGUCUGAGGAAGAAGAGACUGAAGAGAGGCACAGUAACAUUCUUUAGAAACAGAAAGUGGCUGGUACCAAGAGAGUAGGAGCGAACUGCCCUGUCCAGAUUUCCUUGGUGGAUGUGACAAGCAAUGAGCUUAAAUUGUAGCAAGGAAAAUUCAGGUUAGACAUUUGUUACAGGCUUUCUAAUAGUAAGGAACAGUGGAGCUAUAGAAUAGAUCAUUUGGGAAAACUUCAGACUUCAUAAGUUGUGAUUUUUGACUACAGGCAAGAGUGAGUGCCUGUCAGGAAUGAUAUACAUGCAGUUAUGUCGAUGAUCCUGCCUUGAGGUAGCCUUUUAUCCCCAAGUCCUGUGAUUUUGUUCUUACCAGCUUAUGUCUGUGCUCUUGCCGCUCCCUCACAACAAAAUCCACCCUUCCGAGAUACAGAGAUUGGUAACUCUCCUUUACUUUAUAUGUGCAAAUCUGUGGGGUCCCUGGGGAGGGGAAGGCACAGAGAUCUCCAAUUGCGCAAAUGAUGCGGCAGACGCUGGUGGUGUGAUCAGGGUUUGCGUGUUCCCCACACGGCCUCCCUACUGAAGGCACUCAUCUUUGCUAGGUCAGGAGCAACUCAGUAUAUACCCCAAAUGCUCCUGGGGAUCCUGGAGAUCUUAUAUAUUAUCGCUCUCCUGUUUCCCUGCUGCCUUUCAUUCUUUCCUCCUUCCCAAGCCCAGAGGGUACCAUCAGGGAAAGGCCAGCAUCACGUAGACACUCAGUGCUUUGCCACAGUGUCCACCAUGUCCAUGCUCCGCCACGGCAGGAUCCCCCCGCCCAGUUUCAGAUUUGCAUUUCAAAGAGUCAGGUGAAAUUUCUGUUGGAAGCGAUGUUUCAGUUUUAAAACAGGUGGGAAAAAAGAUAGCAAAAUGAAGCCUGGUGGCAGUUUAAACGUGGGUGGAAUGUCACUCUGCUCAGAAUGUCCUUCUCCUUGGCAGGAUUUAGGAAGGGAAGCUGCCUUUGACAGAUUUCUCCAAACCCCGAGGGCCUGGCUGCAGCCACCUCCACCUGGCAGGGAGCUCCAUCCCCCACGCCACACAGUUUCCCAGGUCAUUAAGUUUCACUUCUCCUUUUCAGAAUAGACAAUAAUCCUCAGAAACCUCUCAAGAGCGGCACAAAUGGGUUAUUUGUACUUGGCUGGGCUGUGAGAUUGCGUAUCAGUUCCGUACCAGUUCCGUCUGGCUUUGGUACACCUUCACCGUGGGUGGAAAGACAAGGAGAAUCUGACAGGCUGUGUGAACACAGGGCUUGAUUCUUCACUGCCCCCUGUGCACCUGGUAAAGACACUAAAACCUGGGAAAUGGGAGAAAAAAUACCACCAGUGAAGCAAGUGAAAUAUUUCAACUUACUUAGCACAGGUACCAAUGAUCAAACCAGGAACAAAACAGUAGUCGUGCCUUUAUCUCCCUGGGACAGAAAGAAAAGAAAAUGAAGACACUGGUUUAGUCGUCACCUUAAGGAGGCAAGUACACACCGCAGUCAUUUAAGACUGUUAUUAUUUUACACCCAUGUUUCAUGGUGGAAAUGUCUAUACAGGUGUUUGAGGAGAAGAACUGGGCUCACAGGGCCCGGUGCCCCCUUCCGACAGAGCCCUUUUCAUACCGCCUUGGCAGCGCUGCCCACCAAAAAUAGCCCUGGCAUGAAGAGACACCCAGCUGGCUCCUGCUUCGGAGGCCACGGCCAGGUCAGGAUGGUGUUGAAUGAGAGUCCUGUGUGCUGCCGAACCCGGGCUGCUGGCACCGUGUGUCGCAAUACCACUGCCAGCAGCGGUCGCUGGGAAAUUCUGCAGUGAGGCAUUCCUGGGCUAUGGUCAGAAAAUAAAAAGUUGUCCAAGAUGAUAUCAUGCACUAUAAGAGUCUAAUUAAAAGAAACAAGACACUGAAACCUUCAGUUUAAAAUGCUUUUGAAGUUAGUUUUGAAAAUGUCUAACAUAUUCAGUUUUGGCAGUUUCUAUAUUGAAGAGUCUGCAAGUUAUUUCCCUAAUUUUAGUUAAUUCAAACUGAAAAGGUUUGCAAAGUAAAAAGAUGAGGAUUGAAAUUAAAAUUUAAAAAACAAUGUUUUGUCUGACCUACGCAGUAAGGCUUGUUAGCGCGCUCAUCACUUUCUGGUGUUUACUUUUCAUCCCAAUUAAGACAAGAAAUUUUAUGAAAGCUCAAAAUCUUCUGCAGAGACUUUUUCACCUAGCCCCAUUGGUCAGAUCCAGAAAAGAGGAGGUCCACAUAUAGUUUUUGAAGUCACCUUUGCUUCCCGCUUCAUUCCUGUGUACUGCUUGUGCUGUGAACUUUGGCUGCAAUGGUUUCUGCUUCAUUUCUCUCACUAUCAGGUAUCUUCAAAGCUCCUGCCUACUGGCAUCCCUGAUUGGUAUCUAGUUCAUCACAGCUUUGUGAAAUCAUAGACUACAUAAGAUUCUUCACGCUGUUCAUCCCCUCCAUAUAAAAAGAUGAUGCCUCUCAUACAGGUUCAUUAACAGCAUUUGCCUGCACUGGGAAUGGCCACUUAGUCCUAGAAGUCUGUUCCCGUUCAAUUGAUCUCAGCCCCAUUUCUUUGCUCGGUCGGUCUGUUCCUGAAUCCUUUUCACCCUAUAAAAGUGACACUACCUCUUGAUUCAUUUCUACCACUUGCUGCAUUAGUGCCUUACUCAGCAACUUGCUCCCCGUAUUUAUGGCUCUCUGUGAAACAGGAAUGGCAUUAAGUCAUUGUUUAUUCCUUCUUUGCAUCUCGGUUAGCAGCACGUGCUUCAGCUCUGCAAUAAUCUAAAUACACUGUCUGUUCCCACAUUUUACAAGAGGUGACUCCAGUCGGAGGUCUACUUCAUCAUCUUUAGGAGAAAGAAAUUCAGCCCUUUGCUCAAGAUUUUCACAGAACAUCUACUUCUUAAAUGCAGAUUUUUCUCCAAUUGGCAUUGCGUGCUCUGCAAAAACACCUGCAAGCAAUAGUCCUGCACUAGGGCAAUGAUGUGAGACAGAGCAAAACUCCUUGCCCCACAGGAUUUACGUGGUCUCCCUUGUGUUUUGAGGUUGACUUCAUGGUGACUAACCCAGAACAGCAGGUCAUUGCUAUAGACACAGCUUUUCAUAUAGAGACUACUGCUCCCUAGUGUCGAUUCACGGACCACCCCACCACCGAGGGCAUUCAGAUUCAUUGCUGGAGGCAGCACUACAGAUAACAACAGAUAUUUGGGACUGGGGGAGAGGAGAGGGAAGGGUUUGGUGUAGCUUGAUUAGAAACAUUGUCUGAAUGAAAUGCUUCCUACAGAGGGAAAAUGGGAUCAUGAACUUGAAGGAGUUAGGGACUCCUCACUGAUUUUUUUUCCUUCGUUAAAAAGAGGCCCAAGCUGCCCUAUUUAUUUUUCAUGUAGUUUAAAAAAAAAAAAAAGAAAAAAAAGCAAUGAAGAAGCCACAUACCAUGUUGCCUAUCUUUCAGCAGAUCAUACUGUUGUAUGUAAUGGGCAGGAAGGUGAUAAAUUGCAGCUUUUAAUGAGUAUCAGGCUGUAACAUCGGAGCCUUGUGGUUGUAAUAUCAGUUUACACAUCUGGCCAACCAACUGUAAAAAAAGCCUCAUAACCAGUAUCGGUGGAAGCAUACAAUCAGAUUAGCCAUUUUGGCAGAUGCUGUCGGAAGCCUAGUAGGACUGAACAGUGAAAACCCUCUGUGGGGGCUGACCUGCAGUGUGUCCAAGCAAUAAGCAGAGUCACUCUGCAGGAGCCUCAGUCGCUGCCGCUUUCCUGGAUCCUCCUCAGUGAAAUCAGGAGAAAGGCUGCUAGGCUUUCAGUAGCAGAAAAAGGCAGCAACAUGGAGCAAGGCAAAGAAUGAGUUGCUUGGAAGAAUGAAAAUCCAGGACAACUGAACUCAGAACUGAAGCUAAUAAGAGACCCCAUACUGAAAAAUCAGAGAACCUCAAUAAAUUGAUUGGGAAAAAAAUCCCAAACACUUCUACUGUAGUUCUUUAAAAUAAUAAUAAUAAAAAGAACAGCAGCACAGGGGAAUAUAGUGCAGGCAUCUCCAAAGCCAUUUGUUGUAUGUGUCUAAGGAUCUGUCAAGUAGACAGUGGAGCUGUAUAAUGACGCCUGCAGCCUAAAGGCUAGACAGAAUAAAAUAACUUAGCAAGAGCUUUCAGAACUACUAUUUACAUAAAUGCAGAAAACUGCCCUAAUUAGUAACAGCCUAUGUCAGCCAAAAAAGGGAGAAAGCAGGGCUUUCCUCAAUAAAAGUGCUAUUAUGUGUAUAAACUGAAGUAUGGCAAGAUGUUGAAACCCCUGAAAGGCUAUGAUCUAUAAUCCUGUGGUUUGUUUAAAGUUUUGAUCCUGCCGGCUUGGGCCCAUAAGCAGCAGAGCGAUUGCUUGAGCUCCUCUAAACUCCAUGAUUAUUAGUGCCUUCUGCAAUAUACUUUGGAGAUCCUUUUUUUUUUUCUUCCAUAAACUUGAGGGGCUUUUUCCUGCACUACAAAUGUGCCUAAGUGGUGAUGGCAGCCAGAAGGACGUGCAUACGAUCCAGUGCAUAAUCACUUCCACAAGCAUCAGCUGCUCGUGCUUUCAAGAUACAUGUAAUCCAAGCUGGAGACUGUUGUGAAUACCUCUCAUUUUCCCUUGCUGGUUCCUUAGCGGUUUGCUUGUAGCUAGUUAGAAACAGAAUCCCCCCGCCCGUCCUGCUUAAAUUGGUUAUAAUCUCUCCAAGAUUCGUGCUACAGCAGGAAAAGACCCAACUAUUGAGUUCAGGAUGGGUUCAUUCUCUUAAAGGUACGACGUUCAAAGCUGCAGGAAAGAGCAGAGGUUCAUUUUUGUUUCUAAAGAAGAGGUUCUCUGGCUAAAUGUAAGUAGCUGAAAAAACCAGACAUUUCAACCGAUAUCCCAUGUACAUUUAUGAGUUGACAUUUGCCUGUAUUUGCAUAAUUUAUAGCCCUCUGCUUCUUUCCCAUUCAAAAGAAAAUUAAAAAAGACGAACGUGUUUACUACUCCAAAUUUCACACGUACGCCAAUUACUUCUUUUCCAUUUCUGUGUCGGACAUUUCAGGUUGUAUCACCAUCCUUAGGAAAUAGAUUUUUUUCCAUUAUCUCAAGUUAGUGAAUAUCUGGAAAAAUACAGUUCUCCAUUUUUCUCUCGUUCAAGGGUUAUUAAGCAGCAUUCUAAUCUCACAGAGAGUUAUCAGUGGCUAAAUAUUUAUUACAGGAACCAGGGCCUGAUUAAUGGACUCAAUGUCUAACAAUGACUAAAUAAAUAUCCAUGUAGUUACUCCAGUGAAUUUCGCUUUUAAUGUAAUGGUACCAGUAUUAUAGAAUCAUAGAAUGUGUUGGGUUGGAAGGGAUCUUUAAAGGUCAUCUAGUCCAACCCCCCUGCAGUAAGCAGGGACAUCUUCAACUAGAUCAGGCUGCUCAGAGCCUCAUCAAGCCUGGCCUUGAAUGUCUCCAGGGAUGGGGCAUCUACCACCUCUCUGGGCAACCUGUGCCAGUGUCUCACCACCCUUGUUGUAAAGAAUUCUUUCUAAUGUCUCAUCUAAACCUACCCUGCUCGAGUUUAAAACCAUUGUCCCUCGUCCUAUCGCUACACGCCCUUGCAAACAGCCCCUCCCCAGCUUUCCUGUAGGCCCCCUUCAGGUACUGGAAGGCCGCUAUAAGGUCUCCCCGGAGCCUUCUCCUCUCCAGGCUGAACAACCCCAACUCUCUCAGCCUGUCUUCAUAGCAGAGGUGCCCCAGCCCUCUGAUCAUCUUCGUGGCCCUCCUCUGGACCUGCUCCAACAGGUCCGUGUCCUUCUUGUGCUGACGGUUCCAGAGCUGGACACAGUACUCCAGGUGGGGGCUCACAAGAGCAGAGUAGAUGGGGGGAAUCAUCUCUCUCAAACUGAUUCUGGAUUACAUAUGUACAAGUAAGUGCUUUGCCAAUGUUUUGUUCAGAUAUGUUUUCCUGUGGAUUGAGACUACAGCUGACUCUUGGCAAAACUGCAUAUCCAGACUGGAACACAGAGGAACAAAAAAUAACCUUUAUAAACUUAUAUCCAUGGCCUUUUUUCUAGUCGUCAUAUUCAAUUCUUUGUGGAGUAAAGGCAGGGUGUGUGCACACAGAUACUCAUGCAGCUAUUUGUUGAACUGUAACUUCAUGUAACAAAUGCUGAGUGAAUGGUCUACAAAGGCCCAGUAUUUUUAUUUUUCCUAUUAUAUUCUGUAUAAAUUGGGAAAAUGCAGAGUAAUUAGCAAUAUGAAUGAACACCACGCAGCAUACAGAAAUAAUGAAAAGUUAAUGGAAUGCUUAAUGAAAUUCUGCAUUUUUACCCGUUGAUUUCACUGAGCUUUCUUAAGUGAUUAAAGAGUUAAAUUUGUUGGAUCAGAUUCUAGUCUCCAACUCUUAGAAAAUAUCGGAUGAACAGCAUUACAUUAGCCAAAGCAAUAUCACCGAAGAGGCAUUAGAUAAUGCAAGUAUACUGCAUGAAUUUCCAUUGCCAUUUCAUUAGAUAUCUCUCAAAAGCUAAGAAAUGAAGCCAAGAACUGGACAGGACAGUGGUAACACCACCGAAAUGCCUGCAAAUGGACUCUACAUUAAAUAGCAGGGACACAUCUUCGGUCCUACCUCAUUCUUUUUGCAUUUGUUUUCCCUUGCAUAUGUUCUCAGAUGAAUUCACAUGUGAUACUAGUGUGUUUUAAGGCUCAAGUUGGAUUUACACCAGCAUAACUCACUGGCAUAUUGGUGUGUGCUCUUGAUUCAUGUCAGUGGGAGACCAGGAGCUCCUUGCAUUUUAAAUGGGCAGAGGUAGGAGUAUAUGAGCAAUAAACUCAUUUAAUUAAUGUAAGAAUACAGAAUUCUCACUAUAGUCCAGUGCUUUUUCUUCUUUCCCCAGCUGAAAUCUCUGUGGAAAGGGUGAUGCAUGGCUAUGCCAUCUCAGAAGCGACUCCGGGAUGUCCUCAAGGACCAUGGCAGAGUCUAUCACGAUCGUGCCACAGAUGCUGGCUCAGCAAUGGUGCCUGGCACACUGGCGAUGGGGACAUGGCUUCGCUCACACUUCAGCCGCCUCCUCUCGGCUCUAGGGCAGGGCAGGGAGCUCAGGGGCACGGGGUCUUCUGUCCUCCACCUGGAUGAUGAGCAGAUAGAUCAAGACAACCUGCUGGUUGAAGGCUGUAGCUCAGCCCCUCUCCUCUGACAGUGCUGAUCAUUAGGGCAAUGAGUUACCAGCAUUCGUUCUCCCAGUCCUGGAGUGUGAGCUCACUGGGAAGUAAAAGCCACUUCUCUAAUGGGGUGCUGGAGGGCGAGUCUCUAGCACUGUUCCCAGUGCUGUGGUGUCUCCUCUGGGAAAGUCACUCUCAUAACUGGGGCCCUUCCUAGUCCCAGGGGCACAACGUGGGGAGCUGACCCCACUGCUCGCCGUCCUGCUCCUCCGGCACGGGCUGCAAGAGCCUUUCCCAUGCCGAGACUGAUGCCUCAGAGAAAUGCCGCAUUCAUGUCAAGAAGGGCGGUGAAAGAAAACAAAACAAAUGCGGCACCAUGGAAGUUCCUCGUCUAUUGAUUUCACCCCGUUCCCACAGCUCCAGGGCUUUGACAGCCUCACGCAAACUUUGCUGAGAAAGACCUACUCUCAUAAUGUAGCCUGCUGCAAAAAGAUUGCAGGGCUGAAUUUAACACUAUCUGCUUUUCCAUGUGGGAAACAGAUAAGAAGUGUUUGAAUAACUGCUGCAAAAUAAGGCAGCUUUUCUGGAAAGCGUAAAGGAAGAGAACGAAUUUGUUAGGCUCCCUCCUUUCCUAUUAUUGACAGCAAAGCACAGCAAGGCUGUGUCUAAUUUGUAGUCCAGGAGUUCACAAAGCUGUCAGCCAGGUCAGAUGCCGCCUCUGGAAGCAACAGGGAUUUCAGUGCAGGCACACACACCUGCUAGGGCAUUUGAAUAAAAGUCUGGUAGCCCGAGUGUGCAACUACACAGCUAUAAAUAUUUAAACUAUCUGCUCUGAGUGUGUGUUCUCAAGCUGUGACGAUGCUGCAGUGUGCAGAGCAGAGCUGGAGCAACGCCAAAGCAAUAGCUAGGGGUUUUUAAAGGGUGUUUGCAUGUAUCUCUGUGGACACUUCUGCUAAUAUGAAGGGCUAUUAAAAGCAGAAGAUAACGGUGUCUUUUUGUUCACAGAAGAAAGCCAUACCAAAUGAAUACAGCGUCUCUCUUGCAUAAGAAUAGGGAAUAUUAUUAUGAGAAGAGGCUGAGAGAACUGGGCUUCUUUGCUUUAAGAAGUGACUGCUGUCUACAGCUAAUGGGAGCAUGUAAAGAUGAUGGAGCCAAACUCUUCUCAGGGUGGCAGGAUCAGAUGCAACAGACACAAGCUGGAACAUAGGAAAAUCCAACUCAACAUUUAAAAAAACCCUUUUAUACUGUGAAGAGGGUCGAACGCUAAAACAGGGUCCCAGAGAGGUUGUGGUGUCUCCAUCCUUGGAGAUACUGAAGCUUGACACGACAAGGUCCUGAGAAAUCUGGUGUAACUGGGCCUGUUUUGAGCAGGAGGUUGGACUAGGUGACCUCCAUGUCUCAAUGCCAGCAUGCAGCCUUUCAAAAAUGUCAACCACAGUUUAAAAAUCAGAGAAACAUAAUGGUCUUUCUUAACUACUAUUACUCAAAAUACCCAAAUGUUUCUUGUAACUGUGGCUAUUCUUUUUGUGAAGGAGCCAAAAGCAUAUAUUUGGUCUCUGUCUAACAAGUGCCCAAUGCAGUUGUUUGCAGGCAUCUUCUACUCUAAGCUGAAGCACAGAUUUCUCACUCUGGCCUAGCCAAAGCCAACUCAGGCUCUGAGGAAGCUGAGGAAUGGGGAAAACAAGAGUUUCACGAAUGACAAGGAACCACAGAGUUGCAUUACCAACAGGAUGAAUCUUCUGCAAAAUUCUUGAAUCCCAAGACUUAAUCUUCAUCUGAACUUCUAGUACAAUAUGAUCAUGGUUUAAAUAUUUUGUUGUCUCUAUUAGGCUAAGUGGACAAGGGUCUUAUUGUGCCAGGUACUGGACAGGACCAGAGUAACAAACAACACCUCAGUUUGUAUUCACAUUUGGACCCCUCUGUCCUGGCCUAGAAAAGACCUUCAGGGGCAAGACUGGAUGCCAGUAAAAUCUAUGUCCACUGCAAGACCUCCAUAUGAAAAAAAAAUCGGAAUCAAGCCCAAUAUUUGGGUGCCCUUUGGUGGGACUCAGAUUCUCCCUCCCAAACAGAACCUCAGAGCUGAGAAAAUCCCACUGUUCCUCCUUUCCCUUAGACACAAUUGCAAGAUUACGGACAAAAAGAGACCAGCCAAACCCCGGAGCUACAGAGAUUUUAAAAGGUAGCUGUCGUGUAACUAGCAGAGAAUUAUAAAAUAAAUUCUGCAGAAAUAUGAAAAUAAAUGCCUUUUAGUUCCUCAGAUGAAUAAGAAAAUAGCAAGAUUCUAAAUAAUGUGUCACUAUUGGUAGAAGCUUGAAUAUUAUUGCUUUUUCUCCCCAAAGAAGUAGUAUAUGUGGCAGAUACAAAGGCGCUGUUGUUUUGCGUUUUGUUGGGAGGUUUUUUUGUGUAUUUUUUUUUUCCUAAAGCAUUAUGCCAAGUUGCUGUUUUCAAACACAUGUUGAUGCUGGGAAGAAAUGGGCACGUAUCCAUCUUGCCUUCAGGCAAAGCCAUUUAACCAGAACUGGGAAUACUGACAAACUUUCUCAACCUCAUUCUCUCCAAUGGAAUUGUACAAAGCAGCCCUUUGCAGAUCUCUCUAUGAAAAUGACCAGUAAAAGCAUCAUGCUGCGUGCUUCCAUUUGUCAAGCAGAAAAUUAUUUUUAAUGUACUUCUGAACAAAGGUAACAGGUAAGCAGCAAACAUUCUCACGGUCAUUAUAAAGGGGCAUGUGUCCGUCUAUAAAUCAAUAGCUGGCUCGAUGCCAUUCGCUUCGGAAUGGAAACCGACUAUUUCUGCAGAGUUGUGCUUCCAGCAGCUGAGCAUCAAUGCUAAGCAGUGUGCAGCUAUUAGGGAAAAACCGAGCAUGACAACACAAAUCAUGGAGCCCCCGAUGAACAUCUCUGCACAUGGCUGCUUCUUCUAAUCACCAGCAAAAUUUAAUGAGACACCUGCAGUUUAUAGACACUCUUGUUCCAACAUAAAUUCCCCAGAGAGCACAAAGUCUUCUUUUAAAAAAUAUUCUUCAGUAAGCCAUAAACCACAAAGAGUUCAUUGUUACUAAUAACAUACUCCUCAUUAAUUUAUAAUUGUAUGAAACCAUAUUCCCCCCAUACAUGACCUACAACAGAUCUGAAGAUUAAGUCAAAGGCUGUUAAGAUCUCCUAAUUAGCACAGCUUUCAACCAUUUUAGUUUUCAGUAAUAAAACAGUGCUGGAGAUCUUGAAAUUGGCCCCUUGCAAUGAUGCAAAAAUAGUAAUUCUUCAUAAAUCUGACCCAUAUCAGGUGAAGGAGAGAACUGAAUGCAUCCUGUGAGUCUCUAGGUGGGAAGAAGCUCAGGCAGGUUGGGAUUCCUCCUCUGCUUGAAGCUGCAAUGGCAUCCAGCUGAUUGCAGCCACGGAUGCUCCUGCCUCACCUUCCCCUUCCACUGCAGUGAGAUGGCAGCUUGAACUGCCAAAGAACAUAGAGGCCGUUCAUUAGAAUGCCAGAAAGGAUAAAGUUAACAUAUAACUUGUCAUAUCUUACUGCAUUUGCAGACAGGAGGCAAUAAAAGCCUUUAUGUUCUAAUCAGCAACGUGUUCUUUGCUGUAUGGCAGAAGAAACAGAGAAUGGCAUCUGCUAAAAAGAAAACAAAACUGGCUCCUCAGAAUCAGUGAGCUUAGGGAGAGAGAAAAGGCUUGGUGCUGAGAAUUAGGGAUAUUGUCACCCACCAAGCAAGCAGCUGGAAAUCACUGUCAUCAAUUGCUGCAUCUAUGGGGUGCCCCGGAGCUUUGUUGUCUUGGACCAGAGCACGGUGUGGCCACAGCAAAGAAGCCUAUCAAACUCUCUUCAGUAGGCAUCCAGACUUCCCAGGAAUUUGGCUACGAGCUGUUUUUUUACCACUGACAACAACAUUUUGACUUUUUAACAUCUGGGAUGAAUACUUGAGGAUCUUGGGUCUAAUUUUGUGGCAACCUGCAAAUAUCUGGAGAGUUACGUUAAGGCUUUCCUUAGAAGGGUCCUCAAGAAAUUGUUAGCGUGUUACAAAUUGUGAUCUGUGCUAACACAAGCCUGCUGCUCGUAGGAGGAAAAAGACGGUUUGUGGCAUUAGUUAGUGGAAGAGCAUUGAAAAAAAAAGUAAUGGAGAUUUCAUUCCGCUCCUCUUUUGUUGUCAAAUAUAAUCUAUUUGCCAGUGCCUGCCUCUCCGACAUUUCAUAUCCUCUUCCCUCCACAGACAAUAGCUGCGUUUCACACUAUGCCAGCUGGUGUAAAUAGACACAUCUCCAGUGGAGUUAAUGGAGCCGGUGCUUUUUACACAGUCUGAGGACCUGGCGCUGAACAUUUUAAGCUGGCUGUGCAGUCUCAUCAGUUAUCAAAUGGGACAUGUCAGAGAGCCACUCCGAGUCAGACAAAAUAGUUGUCUAACAAACAGCCCUGCUAUCAGGAAAGCCACAAAUGCUCUCAGAAAAGCAGUUCUGGUGGAGCUGGCAAGUAUCUUUUACAAUAUAUUCCUUAUGGAAAGAAGAAAAAAAGAGCAGCACAUUUUUAUUC